AUGAAGAGAUCGUCGUUACGCAAAAAUACUCUCCAUCACAAAACGCUUUUGCGACGAAGAAACAAUGUGCUUGGAUCAGCCAGGCUAAUCCAGCAGUUCGAUGAACAAUAUGAUCCUGAAACUCAACAAAAUCAAGUGUCAUUAAGAAUCACUCGUCUCGAUGAGCUGUGGAAGACGUUCGAAAGUGUGCAAGACGAGAUCGAAGUGAUCGAAGACGAACAAGAAGAGUUCGCGGAGUCACGGCAAGAAUUCCAUGAUCUAUAUUUCGCGUUGAAAGCUUCGUUGAACGGUAAACUACCUCGAAAUGACCCUAUACCAGUGAAUCAAGUACCGCAAAUAGUCGCGCCGCCGGUUCAUCAAGUGAUGUCCGUUAAACUUCCGGAGCUGAAGAUGCCAGAAUUUGAUGGCCAACCGGACCAGUGGAUCGAGUUUCGCGAUUUGUUUAAAUCCGUGAUUCAUACGAAUCAACACCUGUCUGCAGUUCAAAAACUGCAUUAUCUACGCAGCAGUUUGAAGGGUGACGCGUCUCGACUCAUUUCGUCAAUUGCUAUCACCGCGGACAAUUAUCACCUCGCGUGGAAAAUCAUUUGUGAUCGCUAUGAGAACACAAGCUGUUUAGUGAAACAGCACAUGUCCGCUCUUUUCCGUGUUCCCGCUGUUCGGAAAGGGUCAGCUUCUACCUUGUCUGAAUUGGCGGACGAGUUUAAUCGCCAUGUUGGAAUACUCGAUAAGCUCGAAGAGGAAAAUGCCCACUGGAACUCUUGUCUAGUGGAACGAUUGAGCAGCCUACUUGAUGAGAAAUCUCUGCUCGAGUGGGAAACCCAGUGUAAGGAAGAAGAAACUCCACAGUAUACUGAACUACUGGAGUUUAUUCGAAAAAGAUCGCGGACUCUACAAAAGUGCAAUACAGUGUGUGUUAGUUCACCUGCUUAUACUCAAGCGAAACCGGCAAAGUCCAAAACCACCUCUUCUCACGUUGCCUCCGAAAAUGUAGUGAAGUGUCCGAGUUGCAAACAAGCUCACCCUUUGAUUCAGUGUGAGGCGUUUAGCAAGCUGAGCCCAAACAAUAGACUCGAUUUCGUUAAAAGGCAUCGUUUGUGUAUAAACUGUUUAAGAGGUGGGCACUUGGCUAGGGAUUGCCGUAGUAGUCUGUGUCGUAUGUGUGGGAAAAAGCAUCACAGCAUGCUACAUCUACCAAUGCCGGCGUCGACUUCAGCAGUCGCCGCAACUCAAAAUGAAGAACAAUCAUCAAACACUUCCCAAUCCUGCACAGUUGUUUGUUCUACACCAACCACUACAUCUCAAACGGAGAUUUCGUAUUCGGUCGCAAAGGCAUCACCGGUGGUGCUCACGCGUACAUUACCCCAGGCUGCUGCGCCAGUUUCGCAAAACGUAGCGUCGCCUCUCGUCGUUGUCGAUAGCCCCCCUCCUCCGUCGCCGGUUGUUUCGAAUUAUCGUAUCGAUCCUGAACCCCCAUACUGCCCCCAGCAACCUGCUGCCUCGCUAACGCAAGCGAACAAUACAUUCGAGAGCAUUGUGUUUCUAUCAACAGCCAUCGUUAGAGUUCGGGAUGUCAACAACGUAUUUCACUAUGCACGAGCUCUUUUGGACAGCGGUUCCCAAUCGAAUUUUGUAUCCGAAUCACUGUGUCAAAAAUUAGACCUGAAGCGAACCCGAAUAAAUCUUCCGGUCAGCGGUAUCGGACAAGCAACGGUAAACGUUCACCACAAGGUAAAUAUGUCUCUUUCGUCACGAUUUGGAGGAUUUGAACAACAGAUAGACUGCUUGGUUCUUCCGAAAUUGACAAUUAGUCUCCCUAGUCGUAGCAUCGAUAUUACUCGUUGGACCAUUCCUCGCAAUCUUCCAUUAGCGGAUCCGAGAUUCAACAUUUCCCAUGGAGUCGACCUCAUUAUAGGGGCGGAGAUGUUCUACGCUCUUCUCGAAUCUCAGAGAUUAACCCUUGGUGAAGGGUAUCCUGUUCUACAAAAAACGGUAUUAGGAUAUGUGGUCUCUGGAAAGGCCAACUCACAGGAGCUGGAAACUGUGGUGUGUCAUGUGGCUACAGAUCAAGAUCUCAAUGCUCAGCUGGAGAAAAUGUGGGAAGUCGAUGAUUUCGACAUUGGACGUGCUUUAACACAAGAGGAGCAAUAUGUUGAAGAUCAUUUUACUCGCACAGUAUCCCGUGACAACAGUGGACGUUACGUGUUACGAUUACCGCUCAGAGAAUCUCGAAUCCCACUCCUUGGCGAUUCCUACAGGUCGGCUGUAAAUCGUUUCUCAAUGAUGGAGAGGCGUUUCGCCAAGGACAACGAUCUACGUGUGGAGUAUACGCAGUUCAUGGAAGAAUAUAUCAAGCUGGGGCAUAUGGAAGAGUGUUCACGCGUCGCGGGCCGCAGUUUUUCUUCCGCACCACGCAGUUCGUCGGCCUGA